AUGUUUCCGGUGCAAAUAUUGGUUGUUUUAUCAACUAUGAUUAUUAUAAACCAGGCAGCAACGUUGAACUACGAGCAUGAAACAUCAGUCACAACUAGUUAUGAAGUUGAUAAAGAGGCAUAUGAGAUGAUAAACGAUAAAACAUAUUAUAAUUCAAAUAAAAGUUAUGAAAUUGAAGCUUCAUUUGAUUUUAAUACAACAGAUUCAAAUGGAAAUAUCAUAAAUUCAAAUGAAACUGCUUUACCUGUUGUAAAAAGCUUUCCAUUUACUCCAAUUUUGAUAGGAGUAGGAGGGCAAGCUCUUUAUGAUGUUGGAAAGAUAAUGUACGAAAAGUUUAACAAAAAAAAAAAAAAUUGA